AUGUCUUCUCAAUCUUGUCUUUUAAAUUUAUUUCCUGUUGAAAUAAUUCAUUUGAUAUUUGAUUAUUUAUCAACUUGUGAUAUUUUACAUGGAUUUGUAAAUCAAAGUUUAUAUUUGGAUUCAAUUGUUUUCAAUUAUAAUUUUUAUCGAAUUAAUUUUCGUUCGAUAUUAAAAACCGAUUUUGAUCUCAUAUGUGAACAAAUUCCAGCAAAAAACAUCAUUUCAUUGGUGUUAUCUGAUGAAAUGGACACACCUGGACAAUCGAAUUUAUUUUUUUCAUUAAGAAAACUUGAAGAUUUUCAUGUUUCUUUACGAUCUUUGACACUUUAUAAUCUUAAUCUUCAAUCAAUUGAAUUGAUUUUGAAUCAAUUAGAUCAAUUCAAUAAUUUAUCAUCGUUAACUAUCAUAAAUGAUACAUCAAUAUCAUUUGAAACAUACCAAUAUCAUUUGUUUCGAUUUGUUCGAUUGAAAAUCUCAUGUGAAUGUUUUUUUCAUAAUUUAAUGAAUUUACCUCGACUUAAAUAUUUAACCAUAACAAAUCCAUGUACAUUUCAUCAAUUAAAUUCUAUUUUAUCAUAUUCACCAAAUUUAAAUUCUUUAAAUCUCUCUCUCGAACAUGAAAAUGGAAUUCAUAUCCAACAAUCAAUUUGUAAUUUAACUCAAUUAAUUGUAAAUAUGACACAAUGUCCAAUGAAUAUGACUUAUAUGAAAGACUUUUUAAAUUGGUUUCCAAAUUUGAAAUUUCUUGAAAUUGAAUGUCGAAGUGAUUUGGAUCUAUGUGAUGGAUAUGAAUGGGAAAAAUUUCUUUCGAAUCAAAUUUCAAAUCUGAAAAUAUUUCAUUUUAAAUUUCAAUUACGAUCAACAAUAAUUAUCAAUACAAAUGGAAUUCAAAAUAUUCUUCGUUCAUAUUCCAGUUCUUAUUGGUUAAAUGAAAAACAAUGGUUUAUUGCUAUUGAAUGGAAUCGACGAUUAGUUUAUUCAAUUCCACGAUAUUUAUGUGAAUCAGCUGAUUCGGAUUUUCGACGUCCAUUGAAUUGUACAAUCAAAGAUGAAUCGAUCUUUUAUAAUCAUAUCAAUGCACUUGCAAUUUGGGGAGAAUCAAAUGAUUAUUUUCCCAAUGUCAAAGAACUGUGGCUUGUUGAUGAUCCAUUAGUAAUUAAUUUAGAAUCAAUGAUCAAUUUUAAUCAAAUUGAACGUUUAGUAUUCUCAUCAAAACUUCAUUUAUCCAUUGACACUUUAUUUAAUCUUAUCAAGAAAAUGAAGAAUUUGUCUUCAAUACAAUUUUAUCAUCUUCCAUCGUCAUUUAAUGAAUACAAACAAAAUGUUUCUUUUGAACAAAUUCGUUCAAUUGAAUUUUCUCGAGAAAUUAAAUCGAUUUCAUUGAUACAAAUUUUAAACGAGAUUUUUCCUCGAAUUCAACGUUUAACAAUGAAAAUAAAUUCGUUUGACGAAAUAGAAAAGAUUUUCCAAACGUUUUCAUCGUCAUUAUCAAUUGUCUGUUUUCAUUGUGAUACGUCAACCAUUUCAACAACAAAUGAAAAUUUAUUCCAAAAGAUUUUCAAUCAUUCGAAUUUCACUUUCUCAAUUCAAUCAAAUUCCAUUCAUUUUUGGAUUGGCUCGAAAAAUAUCACCGAAAAAAUAUUAAAUCAACAAGUAAAAGAGAAGAAAAAAAGAAAACUAUUCCAGUGCUUCUCAUGGUGUUCAUCAAAAAAGUAUCAAAUUCAACAAUAA